AUGCCUGGAGACGCCCACAGUGCCUGUCAAAGCUGCCUGGGAGCAAAGAAAACAGGUUCUAAAUGCUGUGACUUUGUCAAUCAAGGUUGUUUCGAGAUGCCUGCCAACAUUGAUUGUUCUGAAGAUUUAUUCCAAAGCCAUGAAGAUCUGCAGAACCAAUCAAGAACUUCUAACUUGGACAAUGAACAUUUUCCAAGGGAUGCAUCAAACCACGCUAAUGUUGAAGCAACUGGACCUCCAUAUGAUCUCUCAAAUGGAAACGUGCAAUACACAGCAAGAACAGAUUCAAACAUUUCAGAAGUUCCGCAUGUGCAGCAGGCCUUCACCUGGGACUACGGCCUCGCUUGCGUGCUCAUGGUGCUCAGGACGCUAGGGAUUGAUUGCUGCGAUGGCAUUGCCGAUCUCGAGAGGCUCUGCCGCACCACGAGCAUUUGGACGGUUGACUUAGCAUAUCUGUUAAACAAGAUUUCAGUCAGCUUUCCUUUCUGUACCGUGACCCUUGGAGCAAAUCCACAAUAUUCUGCUGAAUCCUUUUGUAGGGAGCAAUUGCAAGAAGACAUCGAUCGAGUGGACGAGCUAUUUGGGAAGGCGCUCGAUGCUGGAAUUAGUAUUCAAGCCACUCAACCGCUAGAAGGCUGCCAAUAUGUGGGCAUUCACUCAAUACGGAUUGUCUGCGCUUUUUUUUGGGUUGGGCUCCAAAGUUGCAAUGUUCCAGUAUUCCUCGGUCGAAAUGUACAAUGCCUGCAAACCACAGCCUACUCUUGAGAUUCACAAUCCCGAUAU